AUGGUCAUGGGUCCAGCGGGCACUGGCAAGUCGACAUAUUGCAACAACAUGCACGAGUUCUGCGCUGCAUCAGGACGCAUGACGUACAUUGUGAAUAUGGAUCCUGCAGCAGAACAUUUUGAUUAUCCAGUGGCCUUUGACAUUCGUGAUCUCAUCAGUGUAGAGGACGUUAUGGAAGAAUUGGGAUAUGGACCUAACGGUGGACUUAUCUACUGCAUGGAAUAUCUUGUUCAGAAUCUCGACUGGCUGCAAGAUUUACUGUCCGAAUACAGCGAUGAAGACUACUUCAUCUUUGACUGCCCAGGCCAGAUCGAGUUGUACUCACACCUUCCGGUGAUGAAGCAGCUUUGCGACUCGUUGAUGGACUGGGGUUUCAAUAUUUGCUGCGUUUACUUGAUCGACUCUUUAUUUAUUGUUGACCCGACUAAGUUCAUCUCCGGUGUGCUCUGUUCGCUGUCGGCAAUGGUCCAGCUUGAGCUUCCUCAUAUAAAUGUGCUUACGAAGUGUGAUUUGGCUGAUGAAAAGGAGCUGUCGAAAUAUCUGGAUCCGUCAGAGGGGUACCUUCUCGAAAACCUUGCAAAUGCUACUGACCCCAAGUGGCGUCCUUUGAGUGCGGCGAUCUGUAAUGUGAUCAAUGAUUUUAGCAUGGUGGCCUUUGUUCCCAUGAAUAUUAAUCGCGAAGAGAGUAUUGAGACCGUACUCAUGCAUGUUGAUCAUGCGAUUAAUUAUGGCGAUGACUUGGAGCCCCAGGAACCAAAAGACCGGGAUGCUGACGAGUAG